UUGUAUGACAAUUGUUAUAUUAAUAUCACCAAAACAAGAAGCUGCCAUUAGUUAAGAAAAAGUCUCCUUUAAAUCUGCUAAGCACAUGGCUAUGACUUGCAAGAUAAACACAUGUGUUAGGCCUACCCUACAAUAUGCCUUGUCCCCCGGGGAUGAACAUGCUGUCUCCACAGCAUUUGUGUAUAACUUUUUAAGAAGUACUUUUAAUCCAAAGCAGGAACCAUGUACUGUGUAACUUCAUACUUGUGAUCAUAUGGAUCUGUAGCUUGGAAUCACAAUUGGAGCUGCGCACACAUUUGUACUGAAACACAAACCCAAGCCAAAUCUGCCAAGUGUGGUGGUUUCAUUACUAAACCAGUGCUUGGGCCAGCAUUCACUGAAAAGUUUGCUGCGUCUCACAAAUCUCUUGGUGAGCCUAGGCAGAGUUCUGUUGAACUGAAGCCAUAGAAAAGGUAUCUGAAGUCUUGGUAACAGAGAGAAGUCAUACACAGCUCUAGUCAAAACAGUAUAAAUUUGGACAUGUGUACGAAUUACGACCCCUGUACAGGUACUGGGUUCUAGAUGAGCAAAAAAGCAUUUUUAAAUUAUCACUUAGAAAAAAUAAAAACCCAAACAGAACUUGUCUAUACAACAGGCAAAAAACUGGUGAAAUUUCUUGGGAAAUGAGAAUGCUGUUUGUGUUCUAGGAUAUCAAGGGAGAAGGAUAGAACAGAAAACUUUGAUUCUCCGCACUUGUUUACUUUUAAUAGUUGAAAAUCUGUAAAACUCCCUUCCAAAAAUAUAUUGCCCCCAGGCUGGGGCCUGAGCAUAAAACAGCAUCAGGCUGGAAUGGUGACUAAUGUAACAGGAAUUCCAUUUGCACCAAGCCUGUCAAGAGAUGGCACUUUCAGGUGCUCUCUCCUUCCCAGGGCUAGUCCUGGCAGGCAAGUGUGAAGGGAACAGGGCCUUUACUCGAACACAGAAUUUGUUGGAUCUGGAACUGUUCCAACAAAUCAGAGUGAGCAAUGGCUUUUGUCCAUUGGCAGGAUGAAGGAGAACAGGGCUGCCUUCCUUUGUCUGUUCCAUUCUGGGAUUCCCCUUUUGUGUCAUCCUGCCCCCCUUCUCCAGCCCUUCAUUAGUGAUUCACAAGGAAGCCUGUAGGGCACAGCAAUUGAACAGCUGGUGGGGUGGAAAGCUGUGCUGUAAAAUGUAGGUGGUUGUAUUCAGUUCUGGGAACUGAGACUCUGAUGGGGGCAGGGGAGGGAUGCUGCCAGAGGGGAAGUGCAGCAAGGGGUUUCUCGCAAGAUUUAUUUUGGGAACGGAGAUAUGAGGGGGAGAUGUUGGUGGAUGCUCUCAAUAGCUGUUCCUCCCAAGCAGGAUGGAGGUUAUAAAGAGAAAGAGGCCCCUUGCGUUUUUAUUGCUCUCAUUGUUAAUUGAAAUUUUGUUCAUCCAGGAGAAGGAAAUUGUUUACAGGCCCUUAACACCAGCUCUCCAGAUGUUGAGAGCAGCAGAUGUUUUCCUGGUUGUUGGAGCAGUACUCUCCAGGGACUAAACAGAGGAGGCCAGGGUGUCACCUGUCUGAUCAAGAAGUAUUAAAACUGGGCAAUGCCUUCUAUAUAGCUGCAGAGCACAAGGAGCUGGGGAGGUGCUCCUUUAUUCUCCUUGGAGGGGGAGAGACUUUGAGGUAAAACCUUGGACUCCCCAGUCUCUCCCCAUGGAUAAAGGACACACUUUACCCCAGGAUAUCUGGGACCUGCGGCACUGCCUGAGAAUGAAGAGCAAGUAUGCCAUUCUCCUGGUGUUUGUUGUAGCUCUUGUCAUUAUCGAGAAGGAAAACAAUAUCAUAUCAAGGGUAUCAGACAAGCUGAAGCAAGCCCCACAAUCUCUGAUGGAGGUCAACAGCACAGACCCUGGCCUAGUGCUGUCAGAAAAUGAGUCCCUCUUGUCCCUCAGCGAGCUGGACUCUGCCUUCUCUCAGCUCAAGAGCCGGCUUCAGAAUGUCACCCUGCAGCUGGGAGGGACCAGGGAGCCUGCUGUGGCACAGGGACCCCGGAGACAUGUGCUCCUGAUGGCCACCACCCGCACAGGUUCCUCCUUUGUGGGAGAGUUCUUCAACCAACAAGGCAACAUUUUCUAUCUCUUCGAGCCAUUGUGGCACAUCGAGAGGACAGUGUCAUUCGAGCCAGGCGGAGCAAACGCGGUGGGAUCGGCCCUCGUCUACCGAGAUGUCUUGAAGCAGCUGUUGCUCUGUGACCUCUACAUCCUGGAGAACUUCAUCACCCCGCUCCCCGAGGACCAUCUGACCCCGUAUAUGUUCCGGCGGGGCUCAAGCCGCUCCCUGUGUGAGGACCCUGUUUGCACCCCUUUCGUCAAGAAGGUCUUCGAGAAGUACCACUGCAAGAACCGCCGCUGUGGUCCCCUCAACAUUACCCUCGCUACAGAAGCCUGCCUGCACAAGAAUCACAUGGCACUCAAGACAGUGCGAAUUCGGCAGCUGGAGUUCUUACGACCCCUGGUCGAAGACCCUCGCCUAGACAUGAGGAUCAUCCAGCUGGUGCGGGACCCCCGGGCGGUGCUGGCCUCUCGCAUUGUGGCCUUCUCGGGCAAGUAUGAAACCUGGAAGAAAUGGGCUUCAGAAGGAGCAGCUCCCCUCAACGAGGAUGAGGUGCAGAGGCUGCGGGGGAACUGCGAGAGCAUCCGCCUCUCGGCUGAACUUGGCCUGAGGCAGCCAGCGUGGCUGCGGGGCCGCUACAUGCUGAUCCGCUAUGAGGAUAUUGCCAGGUCACCUCUCCAAAAUGCCAAGGAGAUGUACAGGUUUGCUGGCAUCAGCCUCACCCCACAGGUGGAGGAAUGGAUCCAGAAGAACACCCAGGCACCUCAGGACAGCAAUGGCAUCUACUCCACCCAGAAGAACUCCUCAGAGCAGUUCGAGAAGUGGCGCUUCAGCAUCCCCUUCAAGUUGGCCCAAGUGGUGCAGAAUGUCUGCGGCCCAGCCAUGAGUCUGUUUGGCUACAAACUGGCCAGCGACCAAGAGACCCUCACAAACAGAUCCAUCAGUUUGCUGGAGGAAAGGAGGGCCUUCUGGAUCACGUAAGAUCUCUCAUCGCUGGGUUUCCAAACGGAAACAUAUGGUUAGACUGAAAAAAGAAAAACCUGAGCACAAGAUCAGCUGGGGAAGCUGGAAAGGGGCCACUGUCCCCUGCUGACACGUAUCACACCCUCGUUUAUAAGGCUUGUGUUUGCCGUGCACUCCUCAUCCUAGCGAGGUGCUUCCUGAUUCUCCAGUGGACAGCAGGGGGAAUGCAGUAACAUCCAGGAGCUCUAUCUAGAUGGAUUAUAACGUGGCCACCCUUUGAAACUAAAUGGAGCUCAGAAGCUGGCAGUGGGGAGAACCAAAGCAGUAGGUACUAGCUUCCAUACCUCACCUCUUAGCUUUCUUCUCUGCACAAGCGCCACCCUUCUUUCAAAGGGCAUUUCUGCACUAAACCUCCAAAGAGAGAACUGUAUGUUUUAAAAAUCUUCGUACACUUUAAAAUCCCUCAUCUCGCCGAGCAAGGAGGUGAGUGGAGCCGAGGGUUGCACUGAUAUCGCCUUGGGCAAACUUAAAGACCUCGCUAAGCUGUAUUUGGUUGGGUUGAUGAAACUGUCAGAAACGGACUUGGUUGGGGUUUGUUGCCAAGAAACCUCUUAGUAAAUCCCCAGUGACAGGAUCUGGGAGACUCUCUCCUCCCAUCCUGACUGCUGCUGCCUUACGCUGACAAACACUCAUGUCUCGGACACUUUGUGCAUGUCUGUGGACCUUUAAAUAUACCAACAGCCUGUUAAACCUUGAGAGAGGUGACUGAGACCUACAAGGGUGAGCACACUCCCUCAGACCAUGCUCUCGGAAGAGCAAAAUGCCAGGACAUCGAGAAAACAUGUAGCAGAGCCAGCAAACAGCCACACCAUGAUCAUUGGCACUGGUGCGGCAUUGUGCACCUCAGCUGCUUGUUAUCAAGUGCACCAAAGCCAGCAGCUGAGAGAUGGCAGGGAGACAAUGAAAACACUAUUUAAAAGAGAGAGAGACUUAGAGAGAGAAAGCGAAAGCAAUGCUCUCUAGCCCUGGGGAUUCAACUGGUCUCCUUCUAAGGUGCCAUCAGCUGUUUUGUCUUCCACCACCAUGGAGGCUGGAUUCCUCAGUGAUCAUUUGCUGGUGUCUAGAAAUCGAUACUGAAAGCUUUCUUGGCUGGUGGUGGCAGGGUGUUUCUGUAAUGGUAUUUAUAUUUUGUCCUUGCUAUUGUUUGUAUAUCUUUGGAAGUGCUAGUUGGAGGCUGCCAGCAAUUCUCCUGCCCAAAGUAAAGGGGAGUAGUUUGUACCAAUUAGCUUUUUGUGGCAGGAGAGGGGGGAGGAGAGAGACUGGGAUGCAGGCAAGUGGGAACUCAUCCAAAAUUAGGCAAUAGGAAUAGUUUCCAUAACAGAAAGAGAUGGUCUCAGAUUGCAACAGACGAAUUCCUAGCCUGUGCCGCCCCUUAUCCAAUCCACAGUUAGGUUAGGUUUUUGCUUCCUGGAGUUUGAUCUCUUCCCAGGGCAACCCAGAGACCACUCCAGAAGAGGUCUUCAGACUCCUUUUCAGCCCCAUCAUUAUUCUGAGAUACCCAUUGAGUCCCCUCACCCUUAAAUACAUCCUCAGGGAAGAAACAUGGAACAAGAUCUGAGCUGAGCAUGGGGUUUUUUUUAGUAAUUUUUGAAGGGGCAGCAUCAGUUUUUUGUUUUAAAUCGGAUUUAAAGGGAUACUGUCAACACAGCAAACUUCUCUCUGAAACUUAUCUUUACUUCCUGUUGUCACAGAUUAUUCAAAUUUAGAGAGAUUGCAAGAGACAUUUCUCUGUUUUUCAGUGUGUUUACUUCGUGCAUU